CAGAUCUCAGCCCUCUAAUUGCUGUCGAAGAGCACAGCAUGAAGUUUGAUUCGAAAAUGUCGCAAAAAAAAUUGUCUUUCUUGCAGAAACUGUGUACGUUUUUCAUGCGAAAGGAUACAUGUAAUUUACUUUUACAUUCUGAUCCUUUAUCCUUAUUUUCGCAGAGACCAAGGGAAGAAAAGCAAUAACCCGUCCUACAAUUUCCUCUCUAGCUUUUUAAGUAUCCUUUUUUUCCCCACUAAUUUUCACCAUCUUGAAGAACAUGAAGAAAUACUCUGUACCACGAGUCAAAACCCAAAUCUGAUUUCAUCGUUUCAAGUUUCAAUCAAAUGUCGAUGCUUCCGCCGUCGUUGCCGCCGAAGCAGGGAAGUAGUACAACUAGACCCUCAUCCAAGCGACCCGGUGAAAGUGCAACUAAUUCGGAAGCAGGAAACACCGAGCAGGAGGAUGCGCAGAAGGUCAUCGAGGAGUACCGGAAACGAAGACGUCUCCGUGAGGAGGAGGAGCGCCGGCAACGAGAACAGGACGAGGAGGAUCUUCUUGAUGGCGAAGAUGAACAAGACGAGGAUGAGAAAAAUGAACCCACCUACGUCCCUUUGAAGGAGCGGAAGAAACAGAGAAAUCAAGAGUUGAAUAGACUUCGGAGAAAAGCGGAACUGAUCGAAGACGACGAGGAGAAGGAGAAGGAGCAGCUGGAGGAAAAACUGAAAAAAAUUCUCGCCGAGCGGUCCACCGGACAAAGCUCGCUGCUGGCCCAGUCCGCGGAGAUUCGCGCGAAAGAAGAGGCGAACAGCGAGGAUAAGGAUAAGCAGCUGCGGAGGGAGAUCGAGGAGUCGGAAGCGAAGAUCAUGGAGCAACUGCAGUACCAAACACCGCUCGUGUCCCGGCAGGAAAACGCGAAGGGGAUCAAAUACAAGGAACCCAUGCCAGCCAUCGGGCAGUGGAGGCCGCUCGCGAAACACCGCCUGCAGUCCGAGGCGGAAAACGAAAAGCUGCGCGAGAUGUUUAUGUUCGAAGCGGCGGGCGCGGACCUACCCCCGCCGCUGAAGAAGUUCGAGUACAUGCGGUUUCCGAAGGGCUUGGUGGACGCGCUAGUCGCGAAGGGGAUCAAAAAGCCGACUCAAAUUCAGAUGCAGGGCAUCCCCGCAGCUCUAGCAGGGCGGGAUUUAAUUGGGAUCGCGUUCACGGGUAGUGGGAAAACGAUGUGCUUCUUGCUACCACUCAUUAUGAAGGCGAUGGAGUGCGAGUUGAAGAAGCCCAUGUCCGAGGGGGAAGGCCCGUUUGGGUUGAUGCUCGCGCCCAGUCGGGAGCUGGCGGUGCAGACGGAGGAGAACCUGAAAUUUCUGUUGUACCACCUACACAACGACACCACGUCCGAGCUGUGGCGGCGCAACCGGCGGCAGAUCAAGUUCGCGCUGCUGAUCGGCGGCGCGCCGAUGGGCCCGCAGAUCAACACGGUGAAGCGCGGCGUGCACAUUGUGAUCGCGACGCCGGGCCGGCUGAACGGGCUGUUGCAGAUGGGGAAGAUGCACCUCAAGCAGUGCCAGCUGAUGGCGAUGGACGAGGCGGACCGAAUGGUGGACGCGACCUUUGAGGAGGAGGUCAGGAUAACUUUAGACCACUUUUCCGGGCAGCGGCAGACGCUGCUGUUCUCCGCGACCAUGCCCCGCAAGAUCCAGAACUUCGCCGCAGGUAUGCUGACGAACCCGGUGGUGGUGAACGUCGGGCGCGCGGGGAGCGCGAACUUGGACAUUCUGCAGGAGAUCGCCUAUGUGAAGCAGGAGGACAAGCACAAGGCGGUAUUGGACUCCCUGUCGAAAACCCCCCCGCCGGUAUUGGUGUUCUGCGACAACAAGGCGGACGUGGACGAUGUCCACGAGUACCUGUUGUUGAAGGGGGUCGACGCGGUCGCGAUUCACGGUGGCAUGGACCAGCAGGAGCGGCUGGAGAGCAUCAACGACUUCAAAACCGGGAAGAAAUCGGUGCUGAUCGGCACGGACGUCGCGUCCAAGGGGUUGGAUUUCCCGCUCGCCAUUCAGCACGUCGUCAAUUACGACAUGCCCAAGGAGAUCGAGAAUUACAUCCACAGAAUAGGACGGACGGGUCGAAGGGGGCAGGCGGGGGUGGCCACGACGUUCAUCAACAAGAUCCAGUGCACGGACGGGAUUUUGCUCGAUUUGAAAGCGGUGCUGGAGGAGUCCAAGCAGAAGAUUCACCCGGUGCUGGAAAAAAUCGUGCCUCCCCCGGGGCACGAGGUGGCCGAGAUCGGUGGUGUCAAGGGCUGCGUGUACUGCGGCGGGCUCGGGCACCGCGUGGCGGCCUGUCCGAAGUUGGAGACCGCGCAGCGCGAGUCGACGAAGUCAGAUGUGUUGAUCACGGGCAGCAGGCAUGGCGGGACGGCUGGGUACGGCGGAGAUUGGUAGUUCUGCAGUAGAGAAAGAGUAUUUUACUUUGUGCAGAGUUGAGGUCGCUGCUUUUUUGGUGACCUCGGUGUGCUGAUCACAGAAAGUAGGACGUAUCACAGUAUCACACGAGAGGGAUUUUUCUCUUCGAUUAUGACAUAGAAACAGCAAGGUUGAACGGCGACAAGUGAGAGCAUCGAUUUCAAAGAAAUUACAUCAAAGACGACACUAUUUCCAUCAUCGCAUGAGUGGGACGAACAU